AUUUUUCAUAUUACGCUCCCGCCAAAUAUAAAAGUGAUAGAAAUGGACAGUCAAAAUGUAACUGAGUUUGGAAGUUUCCUGUCAAAACUAAGCCCAGAAAGUGUUGACACGAUAUUGCAAGAUGUGGAAUAUGUUUAUAUUUCAAAUGGGAAAGACCCUCGUUUAGCUGGCGUAGGGACUUUAAUGGCUGUUCCAUUGCCAAUCAUUGUAGCCCAAAAACCUGGCAGUAUGGUUGUGGCCGAUCCCGACAUCUCAGAAUAUCUACCACAGGAAUCAUCAAUAAGCAAUAAAAACAGGAUGCAGAUGAAUAGCUAUGACGUAACGCAAGGCUCACCUCUGAAGAUGCAAGAAUAUGCAGAUUUGUCGGAUAUAGAAUCCCCUGUUGCCUUCCAAGUAAAUAAAGAGCAUUUCUUCAAGACUUCUCUGACUAAACUGGGAAUUCCAUUCAACAAGACAAAAGUGGUGGCAUCCUUAUACAGCCUUGCAUCAGAUGGAAAGAGCUGGCCCCCCAUCCUUAUUUUCAGUGAUGGUAAAGACCGAAAGCACACUUCCUGUCUAAUGCUGUCUCGAGAAGAACAAUGUCUGAAGUCAACAGUCAUUAAGGUAUCCUGCCCGGAGCCGAAGAAUGUCCAUUUUCCAAAGAUCCAUAAUAUGAAGACUGUGGAGAAACAAAUGAAAUACAAGGCAAGAUAUGACAUGAUGGGGAAACUAUUACAGGAGAUAAUUAGCAAUGAGCAGGAUUUUGCUGGUUCUUUGGUUGUAGAAAUUAAAUGGUCCAAGCCCAUUUGUACGGCGGUAUUGCAGUCUCCCCCUCUUGAAUCUCAAGCCCACAUCCUUGCCCAAGUUAUGUCUGGUGAUGAGAGGUCUACAGCACAUGGAUUUUACCGGGAGUUGGAAAUGCUACGAUCAUUUGUUAAUGGGUUGGAAACAGGAGAAAUUCUUUGGUUGGCAGAUGAGGGCAAUACACCAAUUCUUGAGCAGCUGAAGAUGCUGAUUGAAAGGUUAAAGCUGGGGGAUGCCGCUAAAACUGAGAAGGAACCACCCCAAAAUGAGAUGUCAGAAGUCCUUGGACUAGAUACGCUUUCUUUUGAUCGACGGAAAGACCUGGACUUUACUGAUCAUCUGUGGAACAUCCUUAUUCAGUGCACAUCAUACAGUGAGCUGGAGGAGGCACUGAAAUAUGUUUUUGCAGUCCUUAGUAAUGGCGAAUUCUAUCCCAUGGUUCACAGAAAAAAUAACACCGUUAUUGCUCAGCUGGUAAGAGAAGCCUGCGCAGGGAAACUCAGAAUGCCAAAUUUAGCUGGCGGAAUUUAUGCCAUUCAGCUACUGGCUGAAAUAGGCUUGGAAAAAUUGCGACAGGAUUAUGUCCAUGCUUUCCUUUCAACAGAGCUGGUUGUGUUAGGGAAUAUUGAGUCCUUUGUACAAACUGAAGAGCCAUUGUCCCAGAGAUUAGCCUCGUUGGAGAAACUGCAUCAUGUGAUAGAGAUGUCAGUCAUGCUGGGAAUGUUCCUAAAGCUCUCCAUGCAAACUUUGAACUCUGUGGCCAUCCAAAUGCUGAAAUAUUAUGAAAACAACUCUGUCAAUGAAAAGCAUUUAUUUGAUUUUCCUGUCCCAACCUCGCAAAUAAAGUCAAUGAUUGAAAACUGUGCCCCUUGUUUGUGGCAGAUGGAAUUCUCCAAACCAGUGCAAAAUGCCACAGAAACAACAAAAAUUGUUUUGGCAGAGGAAAACCCCUUUCCUCAUGUUGGAUGGAGCUCAGCAUCUGAAAAUGUACCAGAAACAGGCAGUGAAGAUUUUAGAGACAGACUUUACUAUGUAAUUCGACUCGAGGACAGAGUGUCUGUACUGUAGAUCAGAUUUGACAGUGCAACAUUCAGAAAAUAUAUUCUGGAUCAAAAUACCAGUAUGUUUAAUAAUGUAUAUGACGAUACAUUUAUUUAUAAUGCAAUUACUAUUAAAUUUAUAUAUGUA